UAAUCUUUGCUCAGUCCAACGUGGUCCCUUCACCCGGGCUCCGCUCUUGCCUUCUCCACACUUGUUUGAUUUAUGAGGAAUCCAAGAUGAAUUUGGAGCAGGAGAGGCCGUUUGUCUGCAGUGCCCCAGGCUGCUCCCAGCGCUUCCCAACAGAGGAUCAUCUGAUGAUUCACAGGCACAAGCAUGAGAUGACUUUGAAGUUUCCCUCAAUAAAGACAGACAAUAUGUUAUCAGAUCAGACUCCGACCCCGACGAGAUUCCUGAAGAACUGCGAGGAGGUGGGGCUCUUCAACGAGCUGGACUGCUCCCUGGAGCACGAGUUCAGGAAGGCUCAGGAGGAGGAGAGCAGCAAGCGGAAUAUCUCGAUGCAUAAUGCAGUUGGUGGGGCCCUGGCGGGGCCUGGAGCUCACCAGCUUGGCAGUGCCCGGCUGCCCAACCAUGACACCAGCGUUGUGAUUCAGCAAGCCAUGCCGUCGCCACAGUCCAGCUCUGUCAUCACUCAGGCACCUUCCACCAACCGCCAGAUCGGGUAAGGAGCCCUCCUCAGCUGCCUCUGGGUCCUGGACGGAGCUCAGGGAAUGUUCUGGACUUUCUCCUUGUUUCUGGUGCACAUAUUCGUUGGUUUUCCUGGCUGAUGUGAUGUUGCCUAGAGAUUUAGAGUGACGGUUUCAAUGGGAGAAGAGAGAGGGAGUCUCUGUUUGUUG